AUGUAUCUUGAGAAUGAAACCUGUAACAAUGAUGUUGACAUUAGUCAGUUAUUUGCAAAAUUUUUUCAAUCAGUAUAUACAUUACCUAAUGUGCAACCUACUAGCAAUGACAAUGAUAAUGCUGUUAAUGGAGACAAUAAUAGUAUUUUGAAUAGCUCUAUGUUUGAUCUGCAAAAUAUGUACAUCUCUCCUAGUGAAAUAUUCGAUAAGAUUAAGAUUCUAGAUGUACAUAAAUCAGCCGGACCAGAUAGGGUGCCGCCUCUCCUCUUACGUUCAUGUUCUACGUCAUUCAUAAAACCAUUGCACAUUUUAUAUAAUAAAUCUCUCAAUAGCUCUGUCUUUCCAUACGAGUGGAAAAAAGAUGAACAGCAUGGUUUUUUCAAAAAUAGAUCUACCACAACAAAUUUGGGUGUUUUCACAAAUUUUCUGUUACUGAACAUGGAGGAGAAGGUGCAAAUUGAUGCGAUUUAUACGGAUUUUUCAAAGGCAUUUGAUAAGGUGGAUCAUGGGAUUCUUGUCGCAAAGCUAAGGGACCUGGGAUUUCCUGAUAAUCUGUUGAAAUUUAUUAGAAGUUACUUAAAUAACAGAUAUCAAUAUAAACAAACAAAAGUGAGUGGAAUUCCUAACGACAAAAUUCACGAGGCAAAAGCCGAUGAGUGUCGCACACCUCUGGCAAAUCAAGAAUUUUUAUGA